UCUGGAACUAGUUCGACGUGAAGCAAACAUCCAGUUCGUUGGUUUUCGCUAGCUUUGUAAUAUCUAAGAAUUAAGCUAUAUUGCUUGAUUGGUUUUGGCUGCCGUUAAGUUAAAUAUUCCCAAAACGUGUAAAACCAACUCAAUGAGACUGCCUUGAUUGCAUGCACGUUUUUUUUUUAAUGUUUUCCGUGGUCACCAGGCCUCCACCCCCUGCAAAAAUCGAACAUUUGCUGUUAAUAAGCAAACGUUUACGCCACUAUUAUCGCAACAUGGACUGCACGGAUCUAUCGCCGCCUGCCUCCGUGCGUGGCAUGCGUGUGCUGCAGCGCGCGGACUUUCAAAAACAUGUGCAAAUCCCUCGACUGCGAGUGCCCGAAUCUCAAGCGCAGCGUGUGAUUCCGCUGGUAAAGAAGCUACUACUUAAAAUGGAGCAUCUGCAGCCAGUACGGGCGGUGGAGAAUCAACGUGAAAUACUGCUGCAUCCAUUGCCUGUUAAGAAUUGGGAAUCACUACCCAUCCUCGAGCUGGAGCAGCAGCAGGUGACGCAAGAUAAUUUCAGUCAUGCAGAACUCGAGUUGAGCUACGAGAAUUGGAGCGCCAAUGAAAUAUUAAAGAGCGUGCUGCCAGAGAACGAAGAGGGACUCUCUUCCUUCUCCCGCAUUGGUCACAUUGUGCACUUGAAUCUGCGUGAUCAUCUGCUGCCAUACAAACAGCUCAUCGGCGAGGUGCUGCGCGAUAAGCUGCCCAAUUGUCGCACCGUAGUCAACAAGGCGGCCUCCAUUGACAAUACCUAUCGCAAUUUUCAGCUAGAGCUCAUUUGCGGUGAGGCGGACUACCAGGUGGAGACCAAAGAGAACGGCGUGCCUUUUGAAUUCGAUUUCUCCAAAGUCUACUGGAACCCACGUCUGUCCACGGAGCACGAGAGGAUUGUUAACAUGCUAAAGCCUAAUGAUGUGCUCUAUGAUGUGUUCGCUGGCGUUGGUCCCUUCAGUGUGCCAGCGGCCAAGAAGCGUUGCAAGGUGCUGGCCAAUGACCUGAAUCCCGUCAGCUACCAGUGGCUGCAGCACAAUGCCAAGCGCAACAAAUGCUUGGCACAUAUCAAAAUGUUUAAUAAGGAUGGUCGAGAGUUCAUGCUGAAGGAGCUGCGGGAGGAUUUGCUAGAGCGUUGGCGCGCUCCAGCCACAGCUGAGCCUUAUAACAUUCAUAUAACCAUGAAUCUACCUGCAAUGGCUGUUGAAUUUCUGGAUGCAUUUCGUGGCUUAUAUACGGCAGAGGAGCUGCCGGAGGAGCCCAACUUUCCGCUAGUGCAUGUCUAUUCCUUUGCCAAGGGAGAGAACACCAAGGCGCUGGUGCAGCAGCUGGUGGAAACUAACCUGGGCGCAGCUUUAGGUGACACACUUCAGGCCAUAAGCUUUGUACGCAAUGUGGCGCCCAACAAGGAUAUGUAUAGAGUCUCCUUUAGACUAAGCCGAACGCUCUUAACCACGCCUAAGCAACUGCCCCGCCAACGUCCCUGUUCCACAGAGGAGGCAGAGGAGGAGCAGCAUGUGGCGGCCACAAAAGUGAAAUGUGUUUGACUAAGUGAACAAUAAAGUUAUAAAUGUUUAUAGAAAACAAAACAAU